AUUUGUUCCCCCCCCUCCCCCUACCCGCUUCUCGUGGAUCGGAGACCGCUCCUUGCAACCCGUGGCAGGUGGCGAUGCUAUUCUUCUCCCACUGCCUCGGCUUUGUAUUAGACUUUGUGCACUUCAGGUACCAGCACUGCAAGGCGAGAUCCGCUUUCUCGGCCGCUGUCCAACUUGUGUGUGUCGUGAGACCGACCCCGAGCGUGACGCAUCUGCCGUCCCGAACCCCUCUCUCACUGCACCGAGAGGUGGUUCCCAGCGCGGAGGACCUCUCUGAGAAGCGCCUGUUGGCCUGCCCGUGCCCCGGAGCGUCCUGCAAGUGGGAGGGACCCCUGGAGGCUAUCCUGCCGCACCUGGCAGCCAGCCACCACAGCGUGGUCCGGCUACGGGGAGAGAGCGUGGUCUUCCUGGCCACCAACGUUCACCUCCCAGGGUCGGCGGGCUGGGUGACGGUCCAGUCCUGCCUCGGACACCACUUUGUGCUGGUGCUGGAGAAGCAGGUGCGGCAGGAGGGACACCAGCGGUUCCUGGCCUUCGUACUGCUGCUCGGGACGUCCAGGCAAGCCCAGGGCUUCUCCUAUCGGCUGCUGUUGAACGGGAAGCGGCGGAGACUCAGCUGGGAGGCCACCCCGCGAGGAGUGGCCGAGGGACCAGCCUCGAGCAGUCUCAGCACCGACAGCCUGGUCUUUGACACGGUGAUGGCCCAAACCUUCACAAACAAUGGGAGUCUCGCCAUCAACGUCACAAUAUCCUCCUCCUGACAGUCUGGAGCCUCCACUGCCUCUUCUACUCACAUUCCACAGCUUUCCUGAACUGAAACAUUUUAUAGCUAGCCCCUCAACCAACUUCCUUUUUCUGUGAAUCAAUCUUGUGUCCUUUGUCCCAUUGCUCUAGGGAAAGCACUGCCAAAGUUGCUGGCCCGUGCAUCAACACUGCAGAUGUUUAUCAGCUCCUUAGGCAAGGCUGCCGUCUGAAGCACUGAUGUCCACAACGUGGAAAAUGUCCCGAGCUCCAAAAUAUUGUCUCUGUGUAUUCUGGCAGUAAGAGGUUUACAAAAAUUGCUUUACAAAAGUUAUUGUAAGUGCCAGAGCUAUUUUAGUUGAUCUUUGGGUGGUGGGCGAUACAGGUUAAAUAAACAUUUGCAGUCAUCCCGGAUUGCUCCCAUGAGAGUUGCGGCGUCAUGGAGUUUUGCAGCAAAGAACCAGGCCUUUCUACCCACCACGUAUAAGCUGACUGUGGCACCCAUCUACACUAAUCCCACCGACCUGGCAUAGGUUUAGAGCCUUCUAUGCCUUGGCAACUUAAGUGAUUGUCACAUUGUUUUUGAGUGUAGUGGGAGCACUUUUCUCGACCACCUCACAAGCCGUGCAUUCUGGGUUUUAAUCACACUCAGGUUUCUUCUAAACCUCUUCAACUUUAUCUUAAAACUAAAUCCUUUUGGCUUGGACACCUACGCCAUGGGAAGAAGAUUCUUACUCUCUUAUCUAUCUAUUCCCUUCAUUAUUUUGUACAUCCCUAUCAAGUCACCCUUCAGCCUCCUCUGCUCCAAGGAAAACAAAUUCAGUUUCUCAAAUCUCCUUAUCACUGAAGCACUCCAAUCCAGGCAACAUCCAUGUGGAUCUUUUCUGCAUCCUCUCCUGCACAUCCUUUCCAUGGUUAGGGACAUAACACCAUGAUGGGACUGUGGUCACACUGAGUCUCCACAGGGUGAGAUGGGCAGUUUUUCCUCUUCUGAGAGAUAGGUGAACUGGAUGGAGUUUUGACAAUCCAGCAAUGCCACCAGCAGCAAUACUCUUUUAAACAUUUAAUUAGCUAAAUUUAAUCACCACAUCCUGAAUAUACCUAUGUUGACUGCUUAAGAAAAGAAGGAAAAUCAUUCCAGCAAAUUUGUUAAAUAGCCCAGACAAAAUUUGUAAUUCUAGACUCCACCAGAUUGUUGGGUACAUGUGGUACACCUUGACUGACCAGUGGUGUACAAUUUCACCUAACUCACAAUUUCCCCAAUGUUUAAUUCAAACAACAAUAGAGGCAGGAGAAAUUACAUUUAUAAAAAAAUCUAAAGAUGUACAAAAUCUGUAAUGAAAACAUUCAUUUUAUUGGCUUAAUAUAACAGGGCAUUAUUAAAGGUGUGUUGCACAUGACCAGCUGGUUCUGGUACACUAUUCACUGCUCAAGGUAAUAUAGACCACAGGACUGACUGGGACAUUAGAGCACAAGGCAUUGUGGCAAGACCUCUUGGGGAGUCAUGUAGGGUAUAUAACUUUGUCCUUCAAGUUCUGGGUCAGGCCAGUCCCAUUAUUGCCAGUUCUAUUGACAACAAUGACUAUCCUGUGGUGAUUGGCCCCCAGUUCUUUGCCACUUUGUCAACACGGAGCUGUUUUGUGGGCCCACUGGUUUCACUUUAGCCUGACCCAAUAGUCACAUGUAAGGGGAGUGCCACUUUGGCUGAACUACCUGUCCACAGCUCAACUGGGUGAGAUGUAUAUUGGGAAACCACUUCAAAAUGGAUUGUCUCAAAAGCACAAAGCUGAAGUGAUGUCCAUUGUCUCUUAUUUAUGUAAGCUCUUUGCUUGCUAUCGUUGAUUGGUUCGAAGCCUUGGCCUCUUUGGUCCAGUUCCCUGUUCAUGCGAGCUCUUGUUCUGUUGAAGGUUAGACCCAUGGUUCAGUGUUACAUUGAUCCCACUGUUGAAAGUCACUCCACAGUUCAGGAACCUCAUUGUUUUUUAUGUUUAGAGAAACUUGAACUAUUCAGGACCAUAUGGUCGACUGGAAAAAACUGUGACCUUGCCCUCUGUUAAAAUGGUUAGCCCAAAAACUCCAUGGUUCGAUGGCAAUGCAUCAUAUUAUCUCAGCCUUGUAAGUGAACUUCACACUGGCAUUAUUAUCUUCUUCAAUAAGUGUAUUUUUAAUAAACCUCUUCACAUGGACAGAUAUCCCAUAGAUGCUUUGCAAAGAAAACAAACACUGAGACAGAGAGGAACAGAUUCAGUCACCAAAGGCUUUAUUGAGGAGGUGAAUUUAGAGGAUCGUGACCACAGCUGUCAAGGGUAGGGUAAAGGGGAAGGGCAGAAGAACAGGGUGAAGUGUUCAGUGAUUGUAGAACUAACUACACAAGAGAGUGAGGAAGGGGUGGCUAUGGAGUGAUUAAACUGAAGAUCAAUCAUUUUAUUAAGAGAUAAUGGUCAGAGAGGAUGGGAUGUGAAGAUUGGAAACUAUUUUGAUACAACAGUUACCAUCGCUGACUAGAGAAAAAAGAAACAUUUGGUCAAAGACCGAGGGAGUAACUGACUCUUUAAAUGACAGCAUUGGGAUGAAAGCAUCAGCUGACAACGGUUGUUUCCCUGGUUCAUUCACAACGCUGUUACCACUUUACUCUCUGUUAACCAGCCUCCCAUGGGUUAAAUGAUGCUGUGGCCCAUGUUUGCCAUGUUUUAUAACUGUAGUUUACCCUGAUGUUCUGUGCGAAGUCAGGUCCCGUCAAUCAUUUAUGGCACAACGGUUUCCCUCUGCGUCGGGGAGUUUUCCGCUCACCUGACCUGCCAGAGGCUUGAGCACAUGACCUUGGUUGAACUGCGUGCAGUACCGACCGUCAAAGAUGCCGUCUUUGAGAUGAGACAUUAAUUCAAGGGCCUGUCUGUCAUAGGGGGAUGGGGCAGCCUCUAAGAACAUUCAAACUCUCCUUGGUUAAUGCACAUCCUCCAACCAUGACAUCUCAUGCCUCAUGCCCAUGGGAGCUUACCCUGCAUAACUUGGUUGCCACAUUUCCUACUUUACAGCACUUUACUACACUGACAGCAGAGCACACUUUGGUUACCCUAACAACACAAAAGCACCUCUAACAAUGCAACUUUAAUCUUUCUUUGGGUUUCAUUUGCCUGACUUUGGAUAUUAGAACUAUUUUUCAAAUCUUAUGUAUUCAUGGAGUGUGCUAUUGGAUAAAUUGUUCUUUCAUCAUUCCCAAUUACUCCUUGCUGAUAAUUAUUUUUAUACUCACAGUGCUUGGAAAAUAUAUUAAAAAUGCUGUGCUCCCUUUUUAAUCUUGUGACACAUAUUGAUCAAAUUGUAAUUUGAUAAUUGAAUUGAUGUUCAAAUCGAUGACUCUUUUUAUACCAAGAAAACAAUGAAUGUAUGUUCAUUAACUGUGGUCUUUGAUUUGUAGAAUAGCUUGUGUGUCUGAAUGUUUUUACUUGUUGUAUUAGCUGAAUGGUGCUGGAGAAAAACAGUACUAGUCGUAUUGUGGGAGAUUUCUAUGUACAUUACCAGUGUGUUCUUCAUUCACAGGUAAAUAAAUGAGUUGAUCUC